CGCGUGCACCUGCCAGGCUGUAACGGGGCAGUGUGUGUGAGGAGCGACACGGUGAGUUGUAACACUCAUAUCCAGACCUUUCCGCUCGUUAAUCCCGAACUGUACCGGACACACGGACACGCACGCGACAUCCCCGCCAUGUGGGCCGCGGUAACGGAGCGCUACGAGGCGUUUUUAAAGGAGAAGAACCUGCUGACGGACUGUCUAGCGGAGCUCGAGCGGCGCACCGGUGUACAGAGACAGUACAUCGCCUCAGGUGCACUGUGCAUCAUCGCGCUGUACCUGUUAUUUGGUUAUGGUGCGUCACUUCUCUGUAACUUGAUUGGAUUCACCUACCCUGCCUAUGCGUCUGUGAAAGCGAUUGAGAGCAGGAAUAAAGAGGACGACACACAGUGGUUGACGUACUGGGUGGUUUAUGGACUCUUCAGUGUUGCUGAGUUUUUCUCUGACAUUUUCCUCUUCUGGUUUCCGUUUUAUUAUGCUGGAAAGUGUGUGUUCCUGUUAUGGUGUAUGGCCCCCGUGUCCUGGAACGGUUCUCAGCUGAUCUACAGUCGAGUUGUUCGUCCGUUCUUCCUGCAGCACGAGGCGACGCUGGACAAUGUGAUGAAAGACCUGAGUGGAAAAGCCAAGAGUGCAGUGCAGUCCGCCACUAAAGAGGGUUUCACUCUGUUGACCAGCGAUAAGGAUAAAUGAUGGCUUUCAGGAGGUGAUGUGAAGAAAAUCAUAGUGUUUCACCUCAGUGCCUUAUUUUCAUCAUCCUCAUCCUCAUCCUCAUCAUCAUCAUCAUCCCCGUCAUUGACGGAGCUCCAGCUGUUCAUAUCUCAUUAAUAUCAUCCUUAUAAAUGUGAAUUCAUGUGACUUCACUCUAUAACCAUGACCUGUUCAUCAGGAACAACGUGUUUGUGUUUCCACAUCAGAUUUAAUACAUAAUAAAUAUUAAUAAACUUUAA